AUGGAAGUCACUAGUAGGGUAGUUGUCGCCGCUGCGGCGAAUGAGGAAUGUGGAGAGGCUGCGAUGAAGGUCCUACUCGACGGACAAGGAACUGAUAUUCAAAUCACCGACGAGGUUGUGAUCGCCGCCGCGGGGAAUAAGGAAAGUGCGGAGGCUGUGAUGAAGCUCCUCCUCGACCGACGAGGGACUGAUAUUCAAAUCACCGACGAGGUUGUGGUUGCCGCCGCAGCGAAUGAGCAAAGUGCGGAGGCUGUGAUGAAGCUCCUUCUCGACCGACGAGGAACCGAUAUUCAAAUCACCGACGAGAUUAUGGUCGCCGCCGCGGGGAAUAAGGAAAGUGCGGAGGCUGUGAUAAAGCUCCUCCUCGACCGACGAGGAACCGAUAUUCAAAUCACCGACGAGGUUGUGGUUGCCGCCGCGGGGAAUGAGGAAAGUGCAGAGGCUGUGAUGCGGCUUCUACUCGACUGA